UUCAUAACGUUUUAGAACGAAAGUUGUUAUUAUGUCAUGUCAUUGUCAGUCUUUAAAAUUGUCAUGUCAGUGUAGUGCUGUGUAGUUAUUUUAUUAUUUUAUUAAAAAAAUGUCUGGAUCUAAGAAGAUGACGCUGCGGGUGCAGUCGUCCGAGGGUACGACGCGUGUAGAGGCUCUGGACACUGAUGUUACGUCGCGACUGUUUGAACGUGUUUAUGAAACCUUGCGCCUCAAUACUUUCGGAUUUGCGUUGUAUAAAGAUCGCGCGAAGAAAGAAGAAAUUACUUCGAGCAAGUCACGUCAGUUACGAGACUAUGGUUUACAACACGGAGACAUGCUUUACUUGAGUUCUGUUAAUGGCACAGUGCUCUUUGAUCAACCUUCUACAAGCAGUGCAGAAGUAAAAGUUAAGCCACAAGAACAAUCAGAGGCUGGCCCAUCAUCAGUAGAACCUUCAAGUUCAGCCACAAAGACUAAUCUCCCUGUGGAGGAUGAAGUGGACUUGGAGCUAUAUCGCCUUCCAGGAACUAUUCAGCGACAAAGAGAUGAAAAAUUAUGCCGUCACAAUUCAAAGGGUUGUUGUGUUCACUGUUCUCCUCUGGAACCAUGGGAUGAGGGCUACCUCAAAGAGCAUAACAUAAAGCACAUGUCAUUCCAUUCGUAUCUUCGUAAGAUGACAUCUGGCAAGUUCAUCACAUUAGAUGAACUCUCAUGCAAAAUAAAACCAGGCUGCAAGGAGCAUCCUCCGUGGCCGCGCGGCAUCUGCUCGUCGUGUCAGCCCGGCGCCGUGACGCUUAACCGCCAGCCUUACCGACACGUCGACAAUGUGCUGCUGGAGCAUGCAGCACCCGUAGACCGUUUUCUGGCCUACUGGCGUGCCACGGGCCACCAGCGCAUCGGUCUGCUCUACGGACAGUAUGAGCGACAUCCGGACGUGCCACUGGGUAUCCGCGCUCGCGUAGCGGCCGUGUACGAGCCGGCGCAGGAGUGCUCGCGCGACGCCGUGCGGCUGUGUGCGGACGAGCGCGGCGCGCUGGCUGCGGCGCUGGCGGCUCGGCUGCGUCUGCGCCCCGUGGGCUGGCUCUUCACCGACCUGCUGCCGCUCGACCUGGCCGCGGCCACCGUCAAGUCUCUGCGCGGCGUGGAUACACACUUCCUGUCGGCGCAGGAGUGCAUCAUGGCGGGUCACUUUCAGAACGAACACCCUAACGCGUGCCGUCACGCCUCAUCGGGUUACUUCGGUUCCAAGUUCGUCACCGUCUGCGUUACCGGCGAUAGCAACAACCAGAUCCACCUGGAAGGCUACCAGGUGUCCGGGCAGUGCCAGGCGCUGGUGCGCGACGGUAUCCUACUGCCAACGCGUGACGCGCCCGACCUCGGCUACAUUCGGGACUGCUCGCCACAGCAAUACGUGCCCGACGUGUACUACAAGGAGCGAGACGCGUACGGGAACGAGGUGGGCGUGUCGGCGAAGCGGCUACCGGUGGCGUACCUACUGGUGGACGUGCCGUGCGGCGUCGCACCCACAACGCAGCAGCCCACCUUUAGCCCGCGCGCCACUUUCCCACCAGCAAACCGCCCGCUGCAGCGGCACGUGCAGUCGCUACGCGCGCUGCACCGCCAGCUGCAGGAGGCGCCCUCCUUCCUUGACGCCGUAUCUGACUUCCACGUCCUGCUGUAUAUGGCGAGCAACGAGGCGCUUCCGCUGACCCUGGAGCAGCUGCAGCCGCUGCUGGACGCAGUGCUGGCGCGCGACGCGGCGGCGGCAGAGGCGUGGCGCGCCGCGCCGCACGCCGCCACGCUGCUGCGACUCGCGCGCGCCGCCGACGAGUCGGAGUCGGCGGGGGAGGCGCGCGCGGGGGCGGAGGCGGGUGGCGCGGAGGCAGGCGUGUGGACGUGUCCGUUGUGCACGUUCCACAACGCGGCGCCCAUGGACGCCUGCGAGAUGUGCGCGAUGCCGAGAAACGCGAUGUAAAUAGAAGAAUAUCAGCAAGCGAGGGGAGUUCACUUUUAUACUAAAGACAGCGCGCGGCGCCGGGAACUAGAAGUUGUUAGUCGCUAGUGUCGAUUUGUUCUAUUAUUUACUUUAAGACAUUGGAAAUAAAUGCUAUUUUAUUGUACCCUAUUCUAUUUGUAUUCACUGAAGAACGUACUGCGUAGUUAUUAUAUUUCAAUAUUUACAAUUAUGAGCUGUGUGUACAUUGUGUUUGUUAAUUUCGCUCUUAUUAUUAUCUAAAUUAUUUAUUCGACAUUUUUUUUUUAUAUUCUUGUAAUAAAAAUCUGUGAUAGCGCUCCGGAGUUCCGUUAUAUCAACGAUGUUUAAAAAGACGUGAAUGAACAAUUAUAUCAUUCUUGGUGUGUUCUUCCAUUCAGCCCUAACCUCUGAUUGAUCUAAGUUUUGGUACAAGGCCUACAACAUUUUUAGGAAGCAUUUUCCUCUAAGAUUUUCAUAUUAUUUAUUAUUAUAAAUUAAAUAAAACAUAUUUAUGUUGUUAUAAAAUAUAUAAAUAUUAAAUUUAUAUAUUUUCUAGAUUUGACAUUGAAAAUAAAAUUUGCGCGUGUUUUAAUUCAUUAUCAGCGCGUCGAUAUCCAUGUUUAUGCCAAAACUCAGAUCAAUCGGAGAUGUGAGCCAAGCGGAAGUUUAUCCAAUUCUUGCACCUAACGUAACUUAGUUUUAUACGAUUUCUACUUAAAAAGUUUGAAGCGAUCUCAAUAAAUGGAGUUGCUAAUCUCGAAACGCGCCCAGUGACAUUUUUACUGACACACGACUAAGCCGUGCGUCAAAUGAAUAUAAAAAAUGACUCAAUUUUAGGAAAUUCUUAGGAAUGGACUAUAUCUGUAUUGCAAUUCAAUUGCUUAAAAAAUACCAUUAAAAUCAACACGCAUUGAAGUAAAUUGUAUUUUAACGUCAUGUUAUUUUGCCGCUCUAAAAUACUCAGGCGUUCGAAUAUGGCUCGCACGUGAAGAUGUAGAAAAAAUAUAGUCUUCUUUUACCUUUAAUGACCUUUUCGAUCGGUUUGACAUUUAAAAGUGUGCGCAAACCGAGCUGGCUCUGGUUUUCAAUAUAAUGAAGUUGUAUGUCAGAAAUGUGUUAACUGUAUUGAGCGAUUGAGAUUAUUUUAAUAUUAAAUACUGCGCAGUCAAAUGCUGCUAACGUCAAAAAUGCAGAUGUCGAAUUGGACGUGUUUCAACGUUAAGGAUCCCAACUCCAAAGAUCCGUAACCUAUUUUCAAAUAAUUCCUUCUGAACAUAAAACUGAAAGUAUGUCUGUAGUUAUUGGUUAUAAUUUAAUUACACUCUUUAUUUCUGAUUUUAUUGUUUUACUUUUUUUUCAUAUUUGACCUUUUUAAUAUAAAAUAUCGAGUUUAUAAAAUUAAACUAAAUACAUAUUUUAAUGUUUAUUAAAAGGUCUUUGUAUUUCGUUGGAUUAUUUUCAAAGGAGUAUCACCACUGUUACUUUAUUAGUACCGAUACCUAAAGCCUAACCUUUUCGUUCAAUUGCUUCCAAUUAUAUAUUAAAGUAAAGAACAUCGUAAUAACCUAUUUACUGAUUUUCAGAAAUAUUCAAACCUUUAAUACUUGUACAUUUAUUUGGUAAAGCUUUGUACAAAAUAUUUGACAAAAAAAUUAAGGCUUUUCGUGUGAAUAAUGAAUGUUCGCUUUUGUCAAACAUCACUGUAAAUAACAUAUUUUUUUCGGUGUUGCAUAUGUAUUUGAUUUAUAAUAUCAUGUAAUCGUCACUCGACCCUUUCCAUAUAUAAUAUAUCCAGGAGUUGCAUGUGUGAAUUUAAGUUAUAUUUUUUGCGUCACUAUUGAGAAAAUAUUGUUCCAAUUUCCGAUAAGAUAUUUGUGUAAAUUACGUUUAUUUAUUGUAUUAAUAUGAUUGUCUUCAUAUUGGGUGUCGGUCGCAGUAAGUUUUAUACAAAGAGCAGAUAAAUACAGUGUGCGCUGUACA